CACACCGAGCUUACAAGUGUGUUUGAGCUCCGUUAGGUGGUGAGGGGGGAAGACGAAGCAAACCGCUGGAGCUGCUGCUGCUGCUGCCGCUGUGCCCGUAGAGCCGACAGACGCUCUGGUUUCUCUGUCGCCUGCCGGAGGAUUGUGCUUCCUUCAAGCCAGCCAGCUCCACGGCAACCUCAGCCAGCUUUGCCGGGCAGGAUCCGAACCCGUCCUCCAUCCUCUCUUCGUGCCGCUCUCCGUCCGAGUAGAAUGCGUUUCCCUGCUGGAAGCUCUGGUCCAGCUGCUGCCUUCGCCUCCAAGCAGUGAACUUUUCAACGAGAUUGCGAAACAGGGUCCGUGCAGAGGGGGUCAGACACGCUGUGGAGCCAUGGGCUGCGGGCUGCGCAAGAUGAAGCCGACGUCGGAGGAGAGCAGUCCAGGGAAGAUUUACUCCACCUUGAAGAGACCACAGGUGGAGACUAAGGUGGGCGUGGCCUACACCUACCGCUACCUGGACUUCCUCAUCGGCAAAGAUGGUGGGACGUCCACGCUGCGUCUCUCGUCGGUGCGGGAGCUGCCAGAUCAGCUGCAGGAGCUUUACCAGCAGGGCUUCGUUCUGGCGGCCGUUCACCCCUUCAUCCACCCCUGCGGUCCAGAGUCCAACAGCCCUCAGCACCAGCUCUACCGGGCCAUACUGGUCCGACUCAAUGACGGGGCGGAAAGGAGCCAGUCAGUCUGCCCAGCGUACAAACUGCAGCUGGAAGAGUGUCUGUCUGCUGAGCAGGUGCCCACCCCAGAGCUCAUCCAGGGCUACGUCAAGAAGCAGAUCCAGGACGCUGCAGACCAGGGGGUGAUGUUUGUGGGAUUUGUCCAGGAACCCUAUGGGGCCCCAUGCACCAGGAUCAGAGAACCAGACACCCCCUCCCUCUCUCUGCACUCCAGCCCCAGCUCUGUGCUCGGCUCCCUGGGCAGCUGCAGCCCCUCGAACCCCUCGAGCCCCAGAAACCACGCAGAACCGGGAGCUCAAGCCGACGCGGUGGAAAAAGAGGCGAACGAGGAAGCCUCGUGUGGGGCCGCCGAAGGAGCGCCGAGUGGGGAGAAGAAUGAAAGUGAGAACACUGGGAAUCAUUCAGGGACCGGGGUGGAGGGCAGCCUGGACGAGGUCUCGCCUGCGGCUUCUCCAAUAUCAGAGGGAGAUCUGACGGAGGAGGACUCGCCGUGUCACAAUAACAACAAAGACAGAGGCAGAGACACAAAGGAGAAGCCGAGGUACCGCCCGCGGAGGGGCGAUGGUGUGGAGCUGCUCGCUUUGUACAACCACCCGCCGGUCCGAGAGGGCCAGGUGAAGUACUACACUGUCAAGGUGCCACUGCGGGUUCAAAACUGUGAUGAGGGGGUCAAGGGCGUGGAGGCCAACUGGCUGGAUCACAUGACCCAGCACUUCAACAAUGGCGCCUCACUGGUCGAUGGAUACUUCCACCUGGGCAGCGUGAACGAUAUGCUGCCUAAGUCGGUGGAAAGUGUCUUCAUCUUCCAGGAGGGGAGCGAGGCCGAGCCGAACGCAGCCACCCCGACGUACGACGCCAUCGUCGUGGAGCAGUGGACCGUCAUUGAUGGUUUGCAGGUGAAGGCAGAUUAUGUUCCUCUGCUUCAGUCCCUGGCCACGUAUGGAUGGAGACUCACCUGUGUGCUGCCAACUCCUGUAAUCAAGACUAACAGUGAUGGCAGUCUGUCCACCAAACAGAUUGUUUUCCUGCAGAGACCCGUCCUGGGCCGAAAGAGGAGGGAAUCAAAGAAAUUGAUCUUCAAGGCCCGAAGCAAGUCCAACAAGAACUGCAUCAAAGACACAGCGAAGAACAAGAAGAAGAAGAAGACAAAAACUGAGAAGGAUGUUGAGGAUCCCAAGAUUCUUGAUGACAGAGAAAAGGUUGAGAAAGAGGAGGACAAGAGCAGGGAUGAAAGGGGGAACGCAACAGAUGUAGAGGCAACAAGAGAAAGCGAGGCGUUGAAAGAAAGGGAGGUGAGAUGUGAGGAAGUUAGAAAGAUUGAUGAUGGGAUCGAUAUCAGCAUAGAGACUGUUGAAAAGAAAGAUGGAGGAGCAGAAACAAAAGACAAAGGAGCAGAAAGUGGCACAGAAGGAGAGAGAGGGGAAAAGAUGGAGAGGGAUGGAGAGGGAUCAAAAGAGAAUGGCGAGCCCUCCGAAAACGGCGAGGUCCGGGAGGUGACGCAAAUCGUUGCGAGUGUCGAAACGCAGAGCGAGACCAAAGAAAAGGAGGAAGAGGGUGGAGCGAAAGUGGAAGCUGUGAUCGAAAACGGGGUUGAGACGGAUGAGGAGAAAGACGAGGAUGAAGAGAGCGCGAUCAAGACGGAAGAGCCGGUGGGUGUGGAGGUCGUCGCCAAGGAGGUUGUGCCAGAUUCACACGCCAUGCCAACUAAUCAAAGCCCAGAGGAGAUGCAGGAAUAGCCCAAGUAGUCUACGUCGAGGUGUUUCCCCGCCCUACCUCUCAAAUUCCCCAUUAAGAACUGGUUCACAGCGUUGUCCCUGAUCCAAAUUAAAGGGGCUUCAAUCCCCAUCGCUGCAGCAUUCUCCAACCAUAAACGACACCAUCUUUCACAGACAACCCCCCCAACCUGACGCAGUUUAGCUACAGAACAACAUCAGCCCUACUGUAUAACCACACAUACUGAAUGUAUAUACCCAAAACAGGAGACGCUGGUCACCGUGGAGACACUGGAAGAACUGGAUGAGCAUCAAUAGGGGGUUGAACAUCAAGAAUGAUGCAUCAGAUGGGGGGCUUUCUUCUUUCACUGAAGAAGAACGAGAAAGGCCUGGUCAAACCAGCGUUCAAACAAAUUCCUCACGACAAAUUUGCACCAUCGACCAAAAGCAAGCAGACUUUCUGACAGUGUGGAACUAUGAGGGAGCAGAGACCCCGAGAGUUAAAAUAGAGGAUCUCACCUCAUUGGCCGUGUUGCUCCAUCCACUGUCAGAGUUUAGACCGCUCCACAAAAGAGGCAAAGUCUUCAGACGAUUAUGAGUCAGGCGUCCAUGCCACAAGUCCGUCUUUUGGAUAAACUGUGUGAACUUGUUGUCCCAUUAGUGACCGCGACAACAAGCUAACACGCUAACUCUUUAGGGAAUGAAACGGUGUGCAAAGCUGAGAACAAAAUGUAAGAGGGGACAUUCCUGUGAAAACAGAAAAAAGCUACUGAGACUGGCUAACGCUAGCGUGUUAGCAUUCAGCUCACCAGAUACAGCAGUUUACCAGCUAGCUCUGCAAAAAGUCUGUAUGUCACCAAGCCUCAAGAACUACAAAUUUCUUAAAGGUACAGGGAUGAAUUACGCUGUGCCACUUCCUGGUGUGACCAGGCCUUUAAGGGAGCGAUAGCACGAUUCUCGCUGCAACAUAGCAGAGCUUGACGUCAGCUUUCAACCUGACUAAUGAGGGUCAAUUAGAUUUCGUUUUGUGGAUCAAAGAAAGUCCCCUGCUUGCUUUUGAAGACCAGUUGGAGAAACUUACCAAAACAUAAGUCGGAAUAGAUCCACCCGCAUAUAGCAGCUUUUUAAAAGGUGUAUCUUCACCUGAGAGUCGAACAGCUCUUUCCAGUUUGUGAAACUGAGAAAAAAGAGGCAGAACGGAGGCAGGACAGGCCUUCCUCAUCCAAACGGCCGCAAAGGAUGCUCAGGAAAGCAUCUUGCGCGAUCGCAGAGCGUGUCACCACGUCCCGUUCCCUCGCUCCGUGCACCGCAGUGAGUGGCGAUGUGGAGGGAACCUGGAGCAGAGCGGCGGUAGAGGUGAUGGGAAAGGCGUUUGUUGCGACAGGCAAUCCAAAGUAGGGUGAAGAGAUAAUUGUUUACGCGGAGCUCUAAGCCGUCAAGUGCUUCAAAGAGAGCCGAUAAUCACUCUUUGGUGUGGUGUGCUAAGCUCACCUCGCAUACAGAAUGUUCCUUAUUCAACGCCAAGUCAGAUAAGGAUGUGAAAUUCAGCUGAAUGUUUGCAGCUCGAGGGCAGGGCUCAUAUUUAGAUGCACCUAGUUAGCUUUUACGUACCAGAGUGAGGAUUUAUUUCCACGCAAAGUUGCAUUUUUAAUCGCAUCUCCAGGCGAGGGGCCAGAAACAAAAGCGCCCGUCGGGGUGGAAACAAGGUUAAGCUGUGUGGUCGGGACCGAGCCGCGUUGUUUGCCGAGACCAAAACCGAAGAUUGAGAGGGAGAAGCUGAGACAAAGAAAGAGGUUGAGAGCGAAAGAGAAAGACCACACAGCGUACGAGAGUCAAAUAAAAGAAAUGAAUAGGCUCAUUUAAAGUAACGGCCGUUUGCGUCCCACGUUCCCCGUCGAGAUUUCCUUCAUUAUUUUACCUCCAGCUCUUUAAGCACCUCUUACCAGACAUCAUUUCUGACAAUAAGCAAGUCAUAAUGUGCUGUUCCACGGCAUUGAGUAGCUUUCCAUUUUAAAAGGGGGAUGGGGGGAGGUGAGGAGGAGGCAGGAAGGUGGCGACGUUCACGGUGUAGAGCUCUCAUUAGCUCACUAAUGGAUUUUGUCAGCGGGGUAUCUGUCAGGAAUCGUGCAUUUGUAAUGGGGGUCACUUAUUGGGGGAGGUAUUGACGGCGAAACACGUCAAAAAAACAAACAGCCUUCAGAUUUACCAGUGAUGUCACAGGGACUCGAUCGCGCCGAGGAGGAAGAGUUUCCGUUAGAAAUGCUAAAUUUAGCAAGGAAAUUACACACACUCCAUCAUAAAACAUGCCAGAGAACCUAUUUAUUAAAAUGUUCGCAUUCGGUUAAUCAAGAACUUAAACCAGCUGCUGUCCUGCUUUAUACAGACUCUAAUUUGUCACCAUUUGGAUCUUUUUGUUUUAUUAGAACAGAUGAUACCUGGGUGUCUCCUUUUCGGGGAUGAAGCUCUUCAAUUACGUGCAAGUAAGAUCGAUUAUGCUGAAUAAGUGCUCUCCUUAAUGAAUCCACCCGCCGCUGAGAUUUUUUUCGAUGUACAAUGGCAAGUGUUUUUUGUGUAGAGUAGAAUAUAAAAACUGUGACCAGCUUAGCCUUAUUACUAUACUGUAAAUGGCCCUCGAUCUGCUUUUAGACACGUCUUUUAGAGGCACAAUGGUGGUUUAAGUGUUAUAUGUUUGUUAUAGUCAAACAGGAAAGUUUUGCUACAGUCAGUGUUGGUAUUUUGAAGCUGUUGUUCCCUGUUUUAUUACUGGCAUUCAGAGCGAGGGGAUAAAAGAUUUGACGUGUUUGUCUAUAUGAAGGUAAUAUGUUUUGGAUUUAUUUUUCACACUUUUUUGUUCAUUAUUAUUGUGAAUGUUUUCGAGUCAAGAGAUUUUUUACGGUGACUUUGUGUCGCCUCUGCUGUUCCGCUAAAGCUUGCUGAAAUGUAUUUCUGACUGACGCUUCGAGCUACCUCCCGAGGGCUGUUGUUGGUUUUAAACUGAGGGGUCGACCGCGUAUGUGACCCCCUGAAACAUAUGCUCCUUGUCCUCCCGCCCUCCACUAUGACGGAGCCCAGACCCGUGAGCGCGAGGUCAUCGCUAAUGGCAGGCGAGGUCGAGGGUCAUGUUUGAGCCAGAACGGGCUUUCCACAGCUGUACACAGGAGUUUGCACGAGCACAUGACAAAUAACCACUAUACUGAAUUAAGAUAUGAAGUCAUAUCAUGAUAUUCUCUGUGGUAUUUUUUAUUUUUUCCUUUUUCUUUCUUUAGCUGUCGGCCGUUUGAGCUUUAAUAAGCACUUAUUGCAUUCAAGAAAUAUUUUGUGCAUCAGAGCUGCUGGGGAGCAAAUACGACUCAGCUGUCACUUUCGCACGUUUGUCAGAAUGUGACAAACAUGAAGCAUGAACGGCAGCGCCAGAAGACGCCGCUCGAUAGCUGACGAGAUCGUUAUGAAUAUAUUAAGAGGAACGUCCCCGCUGAGUCCUGGUCAACUUAUUUUUCCCUCAGAUUUAAUCAAUUUCUUCAUUUUCUCCAGCGUCAAGAUAAACUGUCGUCUAUCUAUUUCAUGAAUAUGAGUUUAUUUCAGUAUUCCAGCCUGUCUUUUCUUUUCUUUUUUUUUUGUUUUUUUUCUUUUUUAAAGCUGAAACUGUGACGUUUAUUCCCCUUCGGCAUCCUGUGAAAACAGACAGAUCGUAUUCCACUUUAUCGAGACGAGCACAGUUUGGAGUGUCAGUCGAGCGGCGAGCUGAUCUCGUGUGGCGGGACUGUUCGUCGACUCCCGCCACAGUCCUGUCGGACAUCCACAAACACGGAUGGGAGCGGAUCGGAGCCGUGACAAAAGUUACAACCGGCCCCGCGUCCGCCGGCCGUCCCACCUGAGUCCGCGGCCUUCAGGGCUCCAUCGCUCCCUGAUAAGUGCAGCGCAGUCUCACCUCUGACAUGAGUUCACUCCAGGGAACUGUGGGUAAUUGUGAUUUUUUUUCGUCUGGUAUUACAAAAAAAAAAGAAAAACACAGACCUGGAGAGAAAAGCAGGGCAGGAUCUGACACUUCAUCAGUUAAAUGAUGCUGAACCAUGUUAACGUAGCCGUCCGUGAAAAGAAGGAGACCUUUGACUAAUGUUAGAGUUAAAUAUACACUUGCAGCCCUCUACCCGUCGUGUAAAAAAAAGGGUAAUAUACAGUUUCCUGUCUUAUAUCAGCAUAAUUGUCUCUGAGCCUCAAUAGUGGCGCUGGUGCAAUCGUUCUUGGUAAUGCUGUAAAAAAAAAAAUGUAAUGGUUCAUUUCCUGUGUGCUACUAUGAUGUGAAAUGGGCAGAGUAGAAGUGACAGAACAUGAUACAAUAGGAUGCCGUCAUUUUUUUUCCCCCUGUGUUGUCACUUUAGCUUGCUCACAGCCUCUGGAAAAUGUAUUCUUGGGUUUUUGUCUCUGAUGUUAGUUUUUUGCCACCUCGGCUGCCAUCUUGAAUGUUGAGUAUCUUUGAUCAUGUGCUGAUGUCACUUGCAUAGCAGCGUUUUGCCAUCGAGGAAGAAGAAGUAUUCUUUAUCUUUGCGAUCCCGAGUAUGUCCACAUUCCUAUUGUUCAUGACAUCUGUACAAUUUGUAUAUUAUAAAAUGAUUUAUAUUUAAUGUG